AUGGCUGCUCGGGGCUUACUUGCCCUGCGUUUGCUUCAGCCGUUGUGUUCAGCUCCAUUUUCGUAAGUUUCAUUGCGUACCGUCCUCUCCAACCUACUUAAUGAUAUCCACAGUUUAUUGGCGCAUGUCCUUCAUUGCUGUGGACGUGCGUCUUCUAGAAGGGCAGUCAAACAUUAGAAGUUGCCCGCGCUGAUCGGCGGGUUUUACUGACAAGGAGGGCAGUUAGCGGUUAGCUUCGGCGCAUAUCAUCGAAGGUCAGCCGCGAUGCACAUUCUUGAAGUUUAUGAACUAAUUGCAUUGUGGGAAAUGUGAACUGAUGUCUCAAAAGUUACAUGCUGCCGAAGGUAGUCUGCUUGUAUGGUUUUUGCGUUUUCUCCAAACAGAAAUAUCACGAAAACAUUUCAGGCUGCAUUUCCAGCUAUUUGGUUUCAUACUGGGACCUAACAAAUCCAUUGAGAGAGGGGAAGGGCCCGGGUUUUAUUCUAAACGGAUUUAGUACACCACAAUGAAAAAAACCGGAACUAAUUUUCAGACUCAGAUGUUAUGUACACCCGAGUCCACUGCUUCCCAUAGCCAUCAAGAGACCCUUUUAGUCGCCUUAUAAAGGCGACUCCCAAUCCACGGAUGUUAGGCCUGGGGCCUUUAGUCCAGCUCGCAAAGACGUCUGUGUUGCGAUACUUCAUGAAGGCAAGCAACAACGUACCUCUAAUGACUUCACGCAUGUUUUGACUCACAGAUGGCGUCGUUUGUUCUAUUUCAAUCAUACAUUAUGUGCGCUGCUAUUUCGUCUUCAAAGCGAGCACAAAGACUUGACAGAUUUGUCUCCAAAGCAGGCCAAGAGUCCCUCCUGAAAUUAUGUGCUAAGAUAAUUUUUCAAUUAAGUAACUGGUUGCUAAUUUGUAUGUCCAGCGGCCACUGGUUAAUCGGCUCGUACCCUGCUUAAGUGCGGAUUGAUUUAUAGACGGAGUGGGUUCACCACCAAUCAGUGCGUGCAGAAACUGUCAUUAAGAAAAUCUGCACUGACAAAAAGAAGCCAUCAGUGUCGAAAAUAUAGUAAUAGUACAUAGUCGAAAAUAUGUGUAGUAUAAAUAUAUGUUUUUCUCGUUUGUAUGAAAGACACAUCCUGCUGGCCAUUAUCUAGGUCUUCAGUAUUUCAACACCAGCAACAACUCCCUGGCAUAAUUAAACGUAAAGCGGCAGGAUACAUAUUUCCACUGUCUUAGCCUAUUCAGUCACCGAACAUAGGCUGACAACCCAUUCUGAAUACAAAGUAAAAGAUAUAUCCAGCAGAAAACACUCGAACGGUGAGUCUAGUCACUUGGCAAAUGACUUGCCGCGGGCACAUUGUCGUUUCGCAUGAUUCAAUGCGUUAUUCGUACGAGACAUUUCUAAAUAAAGUUUUCGCUGCCUUAAUAUUCUCCUCUAACAGAAUUUAUACGCCCUAUCCCCCAAGGAAAGCGUACUGAAAUGCAUGUUUAGCACCGGUACUUAUGUGCAGUUCUCUGACUAGGUCGGGAAAGUCGAUCUCGCAUUCGCUCAUCAGCGUACACUGGCAUCAGACAACUGAAAACUCCCAACGCCAAAUUCGCGAAUAAACCCAUAGGGUUCGGUUUCCUUACUUAACUGUUUAAUAUCACAUGCGGGUUGGUCGCUUUUACGUUUCCGCCAACAAACUGGUGUACGUGUUUUUUUAAAAACUUAUGGAAAGCCAUAACCCCGUAUUUGCAAAUUAGAUGCCAGCUAGUGUUAUUAUGUUAUAAUAUAUUGCUGUCCUAAAGUAAUUGCAAUCUUGAUCACACAUCUGCGGCAGAAAUCAUGGUUCCAAGUACAUUUUCCUUAGCAAAAAAUAGGACUACAGUUUCUCAUGGCAAAAUAAUUUGCCGUCAGUUGGUAAAGGGUAUAUCUCGUAUCUUUACCCUUAAGGUUUUGAUAUGACGUCUAAAAUCUUACAUGUAAAACCAAUUUUAUCUCUUGCCUGUAAUUUCUGUCGUUAUUUUCCUUUACGCUAUUGUUGAAUGUCCUGUGUAUGGUAGACUAUGCUUACGAGCUGCAAAGUGACAGAUCACGGAGGCAUGACUUACUGGAAACUGUUAUUAGGAUAAAAUGCAAAAACUGACUUAAAGUCAAACAGCAAUGUUAUCCAAGGAGUACCUAUGUGGGUGUUGGGGAACGGCAGUCGUCCAAGGUAACGGCUGGAGGGGAUCGCCAUGAAUUUUUUUAUUUCCUCCUAGAGAUUAGAUGCCGCACAUCCAUAUGACAAGUGAUCCUAAGGACUGAACCCACACUUGCAAAGAGCAUGCCACCGUCACUCCUUCCAUCUAGAAGACUGAUACCGAGCGGUUUGCUUCCGCCGAGGAAUACCAGUAGCAAUUUGUAGAACCAUGUACACGCCUUUCACCAUAUAUGCGGCGGUCGAGGGUGCUUGCGGUUGAACUUCAGAUGGAUGAGAUGUGCCGUUGUUAUAAAGAUAGUUAGCGAUGAUAACAGCACUAAUGGGAAACCGAAGACACGACACGAAGUUGAGUAAACAAUAUAGAACGUCGGGACCUGUACAGGGAGUGCUUGGGACGAUAGUCUUGGGGCGGCCCACACUGACGACCCGUGCCCUGUCACCGUGUUCAGUAACAGGGACGGUGGAAGCCGUGGAAGCUGCAGAGAAUACCGUGUCGUCACCUAAGUCCAGUGUGACUGGCCAGAUAAAUCAUUAUAGAGAGAGUCAAAAGCAGAAGAGAAGCAAAAACAAAAGUUAGUAGUCUAUUAAUUACAGAACCGGUUUUCGAAAGUUCUGCAAAGCGAGAAAUGCCGGUCCACCUAUUCCAUGCUAGGCCGAAGGCGGCGUUGAUUCUUUCUGUCGCAUCCCGAAGUCAUCACCGACUGCGUCUCCAAUCAAUUCCUGUGUAUUCUGUCAGAAAUUCAACCCUCCUUACUCGCUAACUUGGAAGGUUUGGCUACGUGUUGCGCUGAUUUGAAAGCAAAGUCGCUUGAGAUAUCAUCUCGGUCGAACAAUCUCAUCUGGCGGUGUUGUUGAAGCGACUAUCGGAAAACGUGAACAAGUGCGUUGAAAAAUAAAUUUGAAGGUUUCACUGUCCCUCCGGCCCUCCAUUUGCGAGGUGGGUGUGCCAAAUAGUCCAUCUUUACUCGGAAGUCUGUGGCUCACCAACUGCAAUGGAAGGCGAUGCUUCGCCAUCUGGUUAGCUUGCAGCUUAGAACCAUCCGAAUCAGUAGUGUUGAAUGUCGUUGCAAUUACGAGUUAUAUGGGCUACUGCAAAAAGAUCUCCUUCAGCCCAUCGCAUGCGACAUUGAUGCUUUUAGUGCACCCUGCCUGCCUCUGAUUCCUGAAGCAAUUGUAUUAAAUUGUUGACUCGUUCACGAAAUCCGACGCAGCCUCCCCCUAUUUCCUUUACUUGAAGCACGUGUGAGAUCUCGGAUGGCUAUUCUCCAAAAUACGUUGCGGUUCUGCCAUUGAAAGCAUGCGGCCUCUCAACAUAAGUUUCCAAAGUUUAGAUUGCCACGUGAACAAACAGCUCUUGCACAUGGGAAGAAUGAGGCGCAGUCAUUAGAAUUAGUCUUACUCAUCUGAUGUUUCACACUUAUCUAAAUUCAUCAUGAGAGACGAUAUCCUAACAGCCUCCUAAAGUUUUUUCAGUAUCUCUGCACUGUCAGCCUGUCGGAUCGUUUUCCAGAAAUUUAACGCAUGCCAUGGCCGAACACUCCGCGAAAGACGCCCGACAGUUUAUGCCUCAGUUCGAACCCUGAGCCGAAAAACUGCCUUUAAUAUUUAUCUAAACGCACAAACCAGCAUGCGUGGCCGCGAAAAGGACUGUCUGAACGAUUAGUUGGUAUAUGGGAGUAUUUGCAACAACUCCAUAGGUAAAUGAGAAGGCUGGAGUCGUGCCGAGAAAAAAUUGAUCUGGGCAAGGGUGUCGUUUCUACUCUGUUCCGCUGUCCCCGUGCUACUUGAGACGGUCUGGUCUUCCAAGUGGACUGUCACUCUUGCAAGUUGCCCUAUUCGACCGAGAGGUGCAAUUCGAUAGUGCAUUGUCAGUAAUAAAUCGACGGUUUCGGUGACGUCGUCGUAUACAUGGCCUUCUUUAAGCCAUAAUUACUCGAGGCGAGCCGAACGAUGUCGAUAUCCCUAGCCCAUUUUGAUCAGCAGGCAUACUAGUGCAUAGUCGACGCCUGUGGAACUGUAAACCACAUUUAGGCGGGACGUUGUAUUGUUAUCGAACGUUCGACUGAAUAUCGAGUGUUUGGGCAUUGUUGCAAAGGGGAAAGAGGGCGGUAGUGGAACGACGGCGAGUUUUCAUUAGAGGGAAUAGUGUGGUAAGAGUAUCUCCUGGUUCCAUUAUUCACCACGGAAACUCGAACCCAACGGAAUUACGCGACUGUGAGAUUAGCUCAGCAGGCGACAAUUAUUGACGUAUCUUCGAGAUUUCAGAUGCACUUUUAUUUACAUUCUUGGUCGUACAUCCACGUCCAGCUCGAAACCCAGCUUGAUUAGCUUUCGUCUUCGCGUUUCACUUACUUGGGAUCGCUCGAUAAUCGUGGUGUCAAAACAGCCCUGGUUGGAGUAUCGAUGAGAUGUAUGCACACCGCGAACAUAUUCCUGUCUGUUCUUCCUGUUUUAGGCCGAAGAUCACCCAACCUCAGUCCUCUCAUACAACCUCAUUUCCAUCCGUUAACACACUGCUCUAAAAUUCCAACGAAGUGAACUCCAACACGACUACCGAUCCCUCGGGGCGCAUUGACGUUGCGCAGACGCAGCAUUUCAUCGAUGCUUUAUUUACGGGGAGAUGGAAGGCUGAAAAAGAAUAAAACCCCACCCACGAAGCGUAGGAUAGAAUAAUUUUCUAAGGUACCAGUUUCAUAUUUGUGGAUGCCUUCGCGACCGACCCCUCUAAGUAAUUUCUAUACUGUUGGAAUCGCAGGGACACGGCAAAACCGGAUCGGUUUUCGUUCUGACAAUACUUCUGCCGGAUGGUUUCUCACUUGGCGUAUAUUAAAGCAGCGCUACUAUUUUCAGUAAACUGUUGUGUUUCUUUAGUCUCAUCAUACUAACCAAUAGUCAACAAAAUGGUUGCUGAUACGCCACAGAGGGUGAUAGUACGCCCCAAAUCGAAAGUCUGCGUGUAGCGAACUGCCAAACUUGUCUUGCCCUACAACUGUAGAACUAAGCCUCUACACACUCCUGCCAAUUGGACGAUCGAUAUGUUGACUAAUUAAUGCCUUCGGUAAAUACUACGACUUCGGCCCGGCGGUCGACGAUUCCGACGAUAGGCACUGUAUGCAAGCUAGUCGCAGACACGCCUCUCGGUGCCCUGAGCUAAAAUCAUGUGACUUCGGUGAAAGUCUACUACACUGUAGACUAAUUCACACGCAAAUCACCGUCCUGCACCUACAAUGCCAUUGGGCGCAUGGUGGGCACAGUCGUUUACAACGGUCUAGCUGUCGGAGGUACCUAAGCAUAGUAAGCGCCCAGUUUUGGUUUACAAAGUUCAUGCCGUAGUUGCAUAACGAGCAAAGACUAAACCCGUCAACUGGGUGUCCUUUGUGGCGGCGUCGUCUGACCAAUUCCUAUUAUUCCAGUUACUGGGAAAAUUUGUCACAGCGUACCAACUGGUGAUAGUCGCGAGAAGUAGGUGUCUUUGUUGUGUUUGUGGCCAUUUGCUGAGAGGGGACAUAGACGGAAGUCAGUGUCUUUGUACAUCAGUUAUUCGUUUACAAAUCACACAAGUGGCCUCUCACAUGCUGGCCCCGGGAGGCCCAUAAUCUACCAAGGACCUGCUCGGCAUCCUGUCAGCGGACGAGGCAAUUUAUUCCAGGAUCUUGGUUUUUUUUGAAAGCUGAGUCGAAGAUUUGAUUUUCACACAUCCGCGUUGUCUUGGUGAAGGCUGCGCGUUGUCAGACUUUAGGUGCAGGGUCCAAGAGAUGCGCGCAUCCUCCAAGUUCGAAUUUCAAGGGCUCCUUUCCGACUGAUUAGUACAUUUCGCCGUAUGUUCGUUCGCACCGAUACGUCAGGGCCACGCAGUGUGCCAGUUACCACAGACGUCAUAGCAACAAACCACAAUGGCAUGUUCCAAUAUCUCUUUCAAGAGGCAUCUUGAGAAUUCUCAGUAUGGGCGUGUCACAAAACAAUUGCCGAGCUUUUUUGUCAGAAUUGCUACCCCCCUGCACUUGGCAUUAUCAGGAAUGCUGUAGUUGUCAAGCUCCUUUCUUGCAGACAGCGGACUACUCUUUGUGCAUCGACGCAUAUUUUUAUGGAGAAAGUACUAUAUAGGGAACUUUAUGGGUCAACUGCGGAUCCAAAACAGGCGAGAAGUCCUAAGGAGGUAGCUGAUUAUUUCUCCCUUUCAGGAACACUAGAAGCCUGCUUAUGCGAGUCCAUGUAUUUGCCGCUUCUUUUUUAAUGGAGUCGCCUUUUCCACUUGUGAGCCCUCAAAAGCGUAAUUUAUGUCCUGCAGUUUGUGGACCUUUCAAAUGCUCUGCUGUUACAUUUCAUGUAGAUCGGCUACGUCGACAACAGCAGCUAGGGAUUACUACAAGAUCCUGCAGAUCCGGCCCAAUGCUAGCCCCGAGGAGGUCAAACAGGCUUUCCACGCUCUGUCGAAGAAGGUAGAUUGCGAAGCCAUUCUUCUCUCCAUCUUCCAUUGUGUAGUACCACCCUGACGUGGCCGGAUCAAACCCGCAAUCACACACAAAAUUUAUAGAAAUAAGCGAGGCCUUUUCGGUCCUUGGAAAGGAGCAAAGUCGUCGGGAGUACGAUCUCCAGCGGAGACUGAAUGCCUUCAGUGCGAAUGCGGAUGGAUACAAGAUGACCUACCCAAAAGUCGACCUUUCUAUUGAUCCCCAAGUUCUUAAAUCGUACGAUAUGGAGAUGCACAGGUAAGCACAGACAAUGCGCCAUCUUGUGUUCUCCGUUACUGAACGGGCCCACUUCUUUUUCGAGACACACAGAUUUCCAGUUAGCCUCCAAAACGCCGUCCUGCCCUACUUUUGUGCUCGUUAUUUCUCAAAUGUAGGUGUUAAUUCGAAGUCCACUUUCGUUGUGGAGCGCGUCCCGGUCUCCUGAAAUUCUGACCAGAAUUCUGAAAUUCGUUUUCGAUUAAGGACUAUUUCACUGGGUUUGUAGAACUGGUUAUCUUGCGACAUAAUCCCAUGUGGUAUUUCAGGCAGGCCAAGAUAUUGGCUCUUGAAUGCACUUCAUUUUGGCCGUCUGCAAAAAGUGCAAUUUGUAGAAAAAAAUACCUAUUCAGGUAGUACCUGUUUUUUUUCGUUGAUUUUCGAUGUCUUAACAAAUUCAAAUACAUAUUGUAGAAAGCAUGCUUAAAAGUAUUUUAAGUACUAGUUUGGUAGCAAAUCACGUCUCUAUUAUGCUCAGAAGAAAGUGCCCCUGUCGGUUUUUAGAAAGUUUUUCAAUUCCCAGGUAACUUUGAGCCCGAUCUGCCGUUUAAUUCGCGAUUAGGGUUUUUAGUCUGCAAGCUGCAUACUUCUCGUUCAAGGAAGACUAUUAAGAAGAUACCGUAUGAGGCUCAAAAUUUUGCUUCAUGAGAAGCAUUGUUGGACAGACUGAUACAAUGCCACUUGAAUGGACACUAGAUGUUCGUAAAAAUGUAUUAAUUCAAAACUGAAAACUGAAGGGUACACUUGCUUCCAGUAUACAAUUUAAUGGAGACGUGGUUUUCCACCAAACGUGUGCAACGGAAAUUAUUUUCGGGCAUGGUUUCUAUUAGGUAUAUUUGAAUUUAUGAAGAUAUCGGAAAUUAAUAGGAAAAACGGGCACUACUUAAGUAGUUAUUUCUCCCAAGUGUGGCUUUUGAAGGCGGACAAAAAAGUGCGCUUGAAAGCCGGCCCCCUUAUCAUCGCUGUUCUCCUUCUCAAGCUAUUCCAGGCUGUGCGUGAUCAGGACGAGGCCCAACCAGGCCAGAUUCCGUGGUGGACGUGGAUGUGCGGACGAGGUAUUGACACAGGCGCAUCCUUGAAUUCCGCCAUAAGUUAUCUACAACCGAUGUCGGUCUACGUUUUUUUACUUUGCCGACGCGUUCGACUCCAUUGGCACUAGAUUGUUUACCGCCAAAUGUCUUCGCCACGAUCAAGGCCUGUUACCGCUCCAUCGCUACGCGAGUUCUGGUCCAUAACAAUCUCUCCGAACCGUUUUGUAUUCGGUCUAGCGUUCGGCAGGGUUGCAUCCUGUUGUCCCUGCUGUUAAACUGCACUGUUGACGGGUCUGGAAUAUGAUGGGAUUAUCCUGGAAAAAAGUCACUCUUACAACCCCACAUAGGCAAUCCUUCGUAAUAGAACAAAUUAAGGAUUUCGAUUAAUAUUACAGGAGAUCGGUCGUCGACUUCAAGCGUUUUGUUCAGUUUUUGAUGCGUCAGCUUCAAAAACGCGAAAAUCCAGCUGAUUGUCACCCUUUGUCAUGUGUUUGCAAAUCCAUUCUCAUCCUCAGUUGGAGGUCCUAUCCUGCUUUUCGACGACAGAAGCUGACUUUCGAAGUUCCGAACCGAUCUCAGGCAAUAACAGAGGCGAGACGACAGGGUCCGGGGGGUAGACUGAUGCAGCACUGUCUCAGGCGAUAAAUUAGCUAAAUGAACGCAAAAGUUCGGCGAUGCCGAAAUGCCUCUGCUCCUGACUAAAUUUUAUGUCUACAACCCACCGUAAAGACUUUUAUUACUUUCCCCAACCGGAUGACUGCUAUCGUUCAGUUCUUCAUCCUAUGUCUAGUGUUUUUAUUCGUCAAGACAUCUUAGACCAGACCAAGUUUCCAUUCACUUUCUGCUACUCUACGUUUAGUUUGGUAUUCAUCCUUGAUUUGAUAAGCCUAAGUUCGUCAGCGUACACCGCCCUCCCCCGAUUAGACACUCCUCGACAACCUUCGCCUUAGUGGUCAAGUCAACUAGUGACUCCGACUGGAGUUCUGGAAUAAAGCGCAAACUGCCGUUUUUGCAGUGGGUGUGGUGAUUGUCUGUUCACUUUGUCCGCAAGUAAGGUUUCAUAUAGUGAUUAUACUUCCUAUAGCUUUGUUUUCAGAAAUAAGCCCGCUGGAGGAAGGGGGGGGGGUAAGGAGCGUUCAGUCAAUCAGUCCAAGCUUUGCAGCCCCUAACAGUUUAUUUGUUUGUUUGUUUCGAGUUCGGAUAUCAAAACAGAGAUUCCUUUGACUUCUUUCAGGCGCUGGAGUUCACGACUUGAUGAGUGGGCCCGUGAUCAGGGCGAGUACGAACUGGAACGUGGAAUCCACAUGACUCCGGUCAACGCAGAACUCUCCGUAUCUUACCUAUCCAUGGAGGAGUCGCGGCACUUCACCUAUAUGCUGGCCGGCUUUACUGCUUUUCUUGCUGCCAUCACAUACCUCUAUGUUCAAGUGUAAGUUACCUUUUACUGUGAAGGAUGCAGGACAGGAGUAGUACCCAGCAGUUUGGAGUCCCUAGUACAAAUUGUCUAAUGCAGGCCACGGAGACAGCGUAGAAGCGUUACUGCUUUUUACAUCACUGUGGCUGAGGUAGAAACCGUCCCCUCGCCUUCAGGCAAGGUCUUGACCAUGAGCAGCAUAGAAGGCAUAGUGUGUAGCAGAUGGGAAGCCUACGCUAGGACCACAUGGCCUAGUACAGUCCCCCCGAGCGGUGCCGUUAUUCUGCCAUAUCACCACUGACUCAUUUUAUUCCGGUAGAUAAUCGCAUUUUCCAAGUGACAUAAAAGCUAGCCAAAAUGUCAUUCCUCGUCGUCAGGUGUUGAAUUAUGGUUGGUUACCAACAGUAACUAAACAAAAUUGGCCGUUAAAAUCGGUUACUAGCGCGUCAACGCUAUUGGAUUGCCUGUGAGUGCUCUAGGCUAGAGCUGCGGGGUGAACCGGAACGUCGGCACCACCUGCUACGAUCAUGUCGAGUCAGUGAACACCACUCUCACGUGGCGUUAGGGACCAGGUCAUGUAGCACUCGUAGAUGGACCGUUUAGCCUUGUUAACAUCGCGCCCACCUCCACCGUCACAACUCUCUUGUCAGGGGAAUAUGGUGGGUGGGGAGGAGAGUGCGAUAGAUGCAGCACAAGUCCCACCAAACUAAACUGCGCUGGCUACCAUGGGCCAGGUGUAGACGUUGUCGCUUGCGACAACCGAACUUUCGGAGCUAACUGGACUUUCUGCUUUAGCGAUUAGGUGUGGGCAGACACGGGCAAACUUAGUUUGAGCAAUGGCUAGUUUGCACGUUUCUGGCCGGAGAGGGGUCUCGCAUACCGCUUAAACUGAACAAACGUUUAAAGGUAGGCGGACGACAAAAAAGAACGUACCAAACCAUGCCAUGCCAUUACAAAGGAUUGAGCUAAUUUGACUGCCAGGACGAGGGGGUCUGGAUCAACCCCUCCACCUUUUCACCAGUCCCUCCUAAAGGACUAAAGGUGGCCAUUUACACAUUUGGUUUACUAGCUCUCCCUGAAAAAUUGCUAGUGUCUCUCCCAUCGAGGACAAGUUCUCGUCCUUCCGGUUGUUACAAUAAAGCACUAAGUGUUCAUAUUUGCUCGGCGCCAUUUCCGUCUGUUCUCUCCAUUAACUAUUGGUUUGAACUCAUUAGCACCUAACCCAGCACAGUUUUCAGCCUCUCUGAGAAUACUUUAAUUGCUCAUUUUUAACAGAGGAGGGGCUCAAAAUUGCAAAAACUAAACUUCUGUCCUUAAACGGACCGGAAACCUGUUUAUCUGGGAAGCUCUUCUGAAUUACACCAUUUCACCAACCAAUGACGUGGCUGGUUUUGAUUGUUAUCAAAUUACUCUUCUCCUUGUUUCCUUUUUAGAAAGACCGGAAAAAGAACAGCAACCGCCGGUGGAUAG